GAAGGAUCACAGAUUUAGUCAGAUCAAGAGGGGAAAAAAAGCAUCAAGACGGGUAUUUCCCAAGCUUUAUAAUGAAUAUUUCUGUCGUACGAUUUUUAGUUACAUGUGGAUGUCAAAUGGACAGCAUCAUAAAACACUUACUCAAAAAGGAUGAAUUUAUUAGUUUCACUUUGUAUUAUCUUUCUGGUAUCAAAACAGGUAUACAUGGCAUGGUGCCCACUUGGUACAGCAUUUGUCAAGUUUCGUGAUCAUUUUGAAUGUCAACGAUGUACAAAAUGUCUACCAGGAUAUGAACUCUCUCUUGAAUGUAACAAUAUACACCCACACAAAGGCCCUAUUCACAUGAAUUGCAAGCCAUGCGCAAAUGGUACCUACACACCAAACUCUUACAGUUCGUGUAGAAUGUGCUCUCCUCCAUGUGGUAAAAAUGAGUAUGAAGCAGAACCCUGUCAUGCUUCACAAAACCGACAUUGUGAGUGUAAAGUCGGCUACACACGACAUAUUGCAACAUCUGUUUGCAUGGAAAAGUCAUAUGUGCAACAGUUUGAAAAAAGUCCUUAUGCUAUGAUGCUGAAAGAUUUUAUUUCUGCAAGGAAAAAUUACUAGAUUAUUUUUAUAUAAAUUAUUUAUCUAAUGUAUCUGUUUUUAUAUUUGUGUUUAUAACAUCCUACCCUCUCAACAGAAAGAAAAAGUUUAGCUUUAUUAAUUUGAGUGGCUUUUAUAACAGAAAUGGAUCUUAUCUUUUCUAAAUAUUCCAUGAUGGUUUUAUAAAAUAGCAUGUGUGUUUUUAAAAAAGAAUUGUGACAUGAUCAUGAAGAUUUGUAGCUUGUUUUCAAAAUUUUACUUUAAAAAAUUAUUAAAAUUUUUUUUUUUUUAAUUUCUGCAACUAAUCUAGGUUUGAUGUUAAUUAUGAAAGUAUAUAGAUGUAGAUGCUGAGAAUUUUGAUUGACCAAUAUCUGUGGAAUAAAAACUAUAUAUUUCGUGCUUUAGUAAUAAUAUUGUCUAAAUUUU